CAGAAGAGGGCUAUAAAACGGCGAGCGGCCACGAUUGCCGAAUCAUUUCCAGUCAGUCGGUCCAGAGGCGAGCUAUCAUCCGAGAGUCCUUGGCAACGAAUCCAGAGAAAUGGCAGCCCGUUUCAUAAUCAGUGCGCUCCUGCUGGCCAGCCCGGCCGUUUGGGGCAAACCCACCUUCGGACGCGAGCACGUCCACAUCCGCAUUCACCUGCCGGAGAGCGGUGGCGACCACGGCGGUCACGGAGGCGGCGACCACGGCGGUCACGGAGGCGGUGACUUUGGAGGUCACGGAGGCGGCGACUUCGGAGGCCAUGGAGGCGGUGGUUACGAGAUUCACUCCCAUGAUGGGGGAUACAGCGGCGGCGGUGGAGGUGGUGUCCAUGUGAACACCUAUGCCAUCAUCACCGAGAACCACUCUUCGGGCGGAGGUGGAGGCGGAUAUAGUUCCGGUCACGAUGAUGCCAAGAUUGCCGCCAUCGCAGCUGCUGCUGGUUCGUCCUCCGAUCACGGUCAUGGUCACGGAGGCGGCGGCGGACAUGGAGGAGACGGUGGCCAUGCCAUCGCCAACAUUGCAGCCAUCGCCGCCAGCUCGGACUCCUCUGCCCACGGGGGCAGCUCCGGAGGCUACGGAGGAUACAGCAAUGGCGGUCAUGGAGGCUACAGCGGUGGUGGACACAGCGGCGGAGGCCAUGAUACCCAGGUGAUUGUCGCUGCCGCCGCUGCUGGUGAUUCCUCCUCCGGCGGAUAUGGCGGAGGCUCCUCGGGUGGAUAUGAUGCAGGCUACUCCGGUGGCUCCUCCUACAGCGGUGGCUCCUCUUACAGCAGUGGCUCCUCCUACAGCUCCGGAGGAUACAGCGGAGGACAUGGCGGUGGCUACAGUAGCGGAGGACAUGGCGGCGGAUCCAGCUACGAUACCCAGGUGGUGGCGGCUGCCGCUGCCUCCGGAAGCGGUGGCUCCUAUGGCGGAUCUUCCGGCGGCGGUGGCGACGGAUACAGCUACUCCGCGCCAGCUUCCGGCGGUUGGGCGGGAUCCAGCUCCAACUGGAAAUAGGCGGCAACGCCCGGCCUUGGCCAUCUGGUCGU